GUAACAAUGCUUCACCCAAUUCUAACCUAACAACAAACAAAACACAUAAAAGACGCAUGUAAUUGCUGUCUCUUUGACCGUUUGCUUUUGAGACAAGAAAAGCUAGCAAGAAGAUGAAGAACAGUCUGCUUGUCUUAAUCUGCAUGAUCUUGGCUAUAGGAACAUGUGGAGGUCCUUUGCUAACUCGUCUCUACUACAACAACGGCGGAGAACGAAUAUGGUUCAUGAGCUUUAUCUCAACCGCAGGAUGCCCAGUCAUCUUCAUCCCUCUCGUUCUCUCCUUCCUCCGCCGCAGAAACCGCAAUAACUCUGAAAAUAUAGAAAAAACAGAGAUUGUCCUCAUGGAAACUCCAAUGUUCAUGGCCUCUAUCGUCAUAGGGUUGCUCAUAGGACUUGACAACUACUGUUUCGCAUAUGGAUUAGCUUAUCUGCCAGUUUCCACAACAUCACUCAUCGUCGGGACACAGUUAGGGUUCAAUGCUAUCUUCUCUUUCUUCAUGGUCAAGCAAACGUUCACUCCUUUUUCUAUAAACGCCGUCGUUUUGUUAACGGCCGGCACGGGAAUCCUGGCCUUACGUGGCGGCGACGGAGAGAGGUCGGCUGACGUGAGCCACAAGGAGUAUGUGGUUGGGUUCUUGGUGACUCUCACUGCAGCUGUUCUUUACGCUUUUAUAUUACCGUUCGUUGAGCUUACUUACAAGAAAGUUCGACAACAAAUCACUUUCACACUUGUGUUAGAGAUGCAGUUGGUCAUGUGCAUCGCUGCUUCUUGCUUCUGUAUCGUUGGGAUGCUUGUAGAAGGCGACUUCAAGGUUAUACCAAUAGAAGCAAGAGAGUUCAAGGUAGGAGGAGGAUCUGCGUUUUACUACAUGUUGAUUUUGAUGACAGGGAUAGUAUAUCAAGGGUUGUUCUUAGGAGCCAUAGGGGUUGUGUUCUGUGCGUCUUCUCUAGCUUCUGGUGUUCUCAUAAGUGCUCUUCUUCCGGUGACGGAAGUUUUGGCCGUCGUGUGUUUCCGAGAGAAGUUUCAGGUAGAGAAAGGUGUUGCUCUCCUUCUCUCUUUGUGGGGCUUCGUUUCUUACUUCUACGGCGAGUUUAAAUCCGGUAAGAGAAUUAUCAAUAAGACUCAGUUGCAGGAGACAGAACUGCCUCCACUUCCAGUUAGUGUCUCCGCUGUUGCUUGAAGGUCGUUUACGUUUUUAUUGUGUAUGAUUAAACCAAUAGUUGUACAAGUAAGUGUAAAUGUAAAAAAUAUUUGAUAUGUAAAAUAAAUCAAUUACAUAAAGCUUCUUUUCGUU